CGGUUGAAAUAGCAUAUCGGUGCAACUCUAUUUGCAUCAGAGCUAUCCCACCAGCACAUCAGAUUAUUGAUGGACAAUACUACAGCCAUAGCAUUCUUAAACAAGAAGAGUGGUACUCACUCCAAGACUUUGUCAGACUUGGCAGUCUCAAUAUGGUUCUAGUGCUUGCAGAGGAACUUAACAGUAUAUGCAGAACACAUCCCAGGUUCACAGAACUGCUUAGCAGAUUUACUGUCCAGGAGGAAGUUGGAGUCGAGCGACUGGAGGUUGGACCAGGUAGUGUUCAGGAAGUUACAGAGGAAGUGGGGUCCUUUCGAUAUAGAUCUUUUUGCUGCCCGCCACAAUUCCCAACUGGAGUCAUAUUUCAGCUAUCACCCAGACCCAGAGGCUUUAGCUUCAGACGCUCUAGCUCAGAGCUGGGGUCUCAGCUGUUAUGCCUUUCCUCCCUUUCUCCUUCUAGGCAGAGUGCUACAGAAGAUCAGUCAAGAGAGGUUGAGGAAGGUGGUGAUAAUUGCUCCCAACUGGCCAUCUCAGAUUUGGUACCCAGUUCUAGUCAGCCUUUUGAUUAUCCUCUCAUCCUUCCAGAGGAGCACAGCCUGCUGAGGAAUCCGUUAGGAGAGUUUCACCCUCUAGUUCUGGAUGGUUCUCUCAGUCUGACCGCCUGGAGAGUCUCCGGUCUACAAGGACAUUUCAGUUGAAGCAUUUCAGCUCUUAUGCUCAGCCUGGAGGAAGGGCACUGAAAAGUCCCAUGCAGUUGCCUGGAGAAAAUGGUGCUCUUGGUCUCAAUCAAAUAACACCAAUUCCCUUUCAGCAUCUAUAGAAGAUGUUGUAGAGUUUUUAACUUCAGGUUUUCAGUCUGGUUUGCAGUAUUCUACUCUUAAUUCAAUUCGAUCUUCUCUCUCAGCUACUCUCCCUCCUAUUGGUGAGGUUCCUGUGGGACAGCACCCCUUGAUAGCAAGACUCCUCCAAGGUAUGUUUAAUAAAAGACCACCAUUGCCUAAAUAUAGGAGUACAUGGGAUGUGAAUGUGGUAAUCUCCCUUUUCCAGAAUAACCGGGGUCAUUCAGACACUCUUUCUUUGAAGCAGUUGUCUUAUAAAUUGGCAAUGUUACUAGCCUUAUCUUCAGCUGCUCAUUCUUCUGAUAUUUUUCUUCUGGACUUACGUUUUCGUUCAUUCUCACAAGAGGGAGUAACAUUUCAACUAGCAAGUCCCUCCAAGACUAGGAGAUCUGGACCACCCAGAUCAAUAUUUAUUAAAAGGCUGAUAACAGAACCAAUCCUCUGCCCUGUGUCUACUCUGGAGAGCUACAUGUAUGAAAGAGCUACCCUCUCCUUUCGCCCCCAGGGAUCUGGUAUGGCUAAUCCCUUAUUUCUCUCCUUUAACCGUCAUCAUAAGCCAGUAGCAUCUAGUACCAUCAGUAGGUGGAUAACGGCUACAAUGAAGGAGGCAGGGAUUGAUACUGAUGCCUUCCAGGCUCACUCUACGAGAGCUGCAGCAAGCUCAAGGGCUAGAUCCACAGGAGUUCCUGUGGAAGAUAUCUUAAAGUGUGCUGGAUGGUCUAGACGGUCUACUUUUGAGAGGUUUUAUUAUAAACCCAUUUCUGAGCCACAUCUGGAUAUUGUUCCAUCAGGCUCACAAGACAGCUAGGGAUUGUGCUCUUGUUAUGAUCUGAUUGAUACUGAUUUACUUACUAUCUCAUUAUAGACAUUAAUUAUUAUUCACUAUCUCAUUAUAGACAUAAUCCUUCAUUUACCCAGGCAUGUUUUGGUAGACUUCUUACAUGCAUACA